GAAAGGAUUGUUGACAAAAGGAAAAACAAAAAAGGGAAGACAGAGUACUUGGUUCGGUGGAAAGGCUAUGACAGCGAGGACGACACGUGGGAGCCAGAGCAGCACCUGGUGAACUGUGAGGAAUAUAUCCACGACUUCAACAGGCGCCACACCGAAAAGCAGAAAGAAAGCACACUAACCAGAACAAACAGGACCUCUCCGAACAAUGCUAGGAAACAAAUUUCCAGAUCCACCAACAGCAACUUUUCUAAGACCUCUCCCAAGUCGCUAGUGAUUGGCAAAGACCACGAGCCCAAAAGCAGCCAGUUGUUUGCUGCCAGCCAGAAGUUCAGGAAAAACACAGCACCAUCUCUCUCAAGCAGGAAGAAUAUGGACCUAGCAAAGUCAGGUAUCAAGAUACUUGUGCCUAAGAGCCCCAUUAAGAGCAGGACCGCGGUGGACGGCUUUCAGAACGAGAGCCCUGAGAAGCUGGACCCCGUCGAGCAGGGUCAGGAAGACACGGUGGCGCCUGAGGUGGCAGCGGAGAAGCCAGUCGGAGCUCUCUUGGGCCCCGGUGCGGAGCGGGCCAGGAUGGGGAGCAGGCCCCGGAUACACCCACUAGUGCCUCAGGUGCCUGGCCCUGUGACUGCAGCCAUGGCCACGGGCUUAGCCGUGAACGGGAAAGGAGUGACAGCCGGGAAAAGGAAAUUUAUUGACGACAGAAGAGACCAGCCUUUUGACAAGCGGUUGCGUUUCAGUGUGAGGCAAACAGAAAGUGCCUACAGAUACAGAGAUAUUGUCGUCAGGAAGCAGGAUGGCUUCACCCACAUCUUGUUAUCCACAAAAUCAUCAGAGAAUAACUCACUAAAUCCAGAGGUAAUGAAAGAAGUCCAGAGCGCCCUGACCACGGCGGCUGCCGACGACAGCAAGCUGGUUCUGCUCAGUGCAGUCGGCAGCGUUUUCUGUUGCGGGCUUGACUUUAUUUAUUUUAUACGGCGUUUAACAGAUGACAGAAAAAGAGAAAGCACUAAAAUGGCAGAAGCUAUCAGAAACUUCGUGAAUACUUUCAUUCAGUUUAAGAAGCCUAUUAUUGUAGCAGUAAAUGGCCCGGCCAUUGGACUAGGAGCAUCCAUAUUGCCUCUUUGUGAUGUGGUUUGGGCUAACGAAAAGGCUUGGUUUCAAACACCCUAUACUACCUUCGGACAGAGUCCAGAUGGCUGUUCUACCGUUAUGUUUCCCAAGAUUAUGGGAGGAGCAUCUGCAAAUGAAAUGUUGCUCAGCGGGCGCAAGCUGACCGCGCAGGAGGCGUGUGGCAAGGGCCUGGUCUCCCAGGUGUUCUGGCCCGGGACCUUCACCCAGGAAGUCAUGGUUCGAAUUAAGGAGCUUGCCUCAUGUAAUCCCGUUGUGCUCGAGGAAUCCAAAGCCCUUGUGCGCUGCAACAUGAAGCUGGAGCUGGAACAGGCCAACGAGAGGGAGUGCGAAGUGCUCAAGAAAAUCUGGGGCUCUGCUCAAGGGAUGGACUCCAUGUUAAAGUACUUGCAGAGGAAAAUCGAUGAGUUUUGAUGGCCAGGCCGCCUGCUGGUGACUUGGAAUCGGCUCCAAGUUGCCCUACAUCCUCAGCCUGAAACAAGUUCACUCGUUGCUCACGCUUGGAAGCAGGACUGGAAACAUCCAAGCUAUUUAUUAUCAAGGAGUUUUAAAGUACUGUAACUUUAAAAUAAAUAACUACAAAGCUUCUUUGUCCAAACGUCAUUGUUUUAUACUUACGUACACACAAGUAUAAAAGUAUAAUGUGAGCACUAGACUGCUCUUGGAAGCUCUUAUUUCUGUUUUCUUCGGCUAGUACUGUAUAAAAGACAGAGCUGUGUUUUAUUGGAUUUGGAUGACAGAAAAGUCUGGAAUAAUGUUCGUUUUCCUCAUUUUUUUCCUUCUAGAACACAGAAUCUAAAGGGGUAUUAACCAGCCUCACUGUUCCUGCCCCAAAUAGAGAUACAGAAAAAUUUGAGACAUUGCCUUUGUCUUCAAGAAGGUACAGAUACCUCAGAGAUGGAAAAUUCUAAAUCAGUAGUAAGACUUUUCUUUUAGGGUGCAUAUUUCUGAUGAAAAAAUCCACUGAUGAGCAUACCCCCAAACCAAACAUACACUUAGGAUUCGUGCUGAGAUAUCAGUUGAUUUCCCCUUUUUUUAAAUAUGUCCAGUUCUUACCCAGUUAACAUGAAGAAACCACUGUCUCUCUAGAAGAAAGCUUGUUUUGCAGUAUUAGUGAAUCACUGAAUAGCUUAAGUAUGAAUAUCUAAGUUAUAAGUUAGGCCUAGUGGGUUUUAAAUAGUUUUUCUGACCCUUUUGAAAAAUAACUACAUAAGUGCUUCUUGUUGCUGGGUGAGAAAUACUACUUUAUAUACAGUUUUGGUUUUCUAUUUGCAGAUAAUGAUUGAUGUAUUACACCAAAAUAAAGUAUUUUUAUGUUUAUAAAGUGUAAUUUUUAGGUUCACUUAGAAUAUAUUUUAUUUAAUAAGUUAAAAUUCUUUCGGCACACUAUUAAAUGAGAAACUCCUUUCAAAAAAAAAAGGAACUACCUUAUAUUUGACAUUUAAUGUUCUUGGUCUCUGCUAUGUCUGUACAAUAUACUGAGUACAGUAUGGUGUCCACGAGUGCCCUGUGUGAGUACACACGUGCAUUCCUUCCAGGAGUGGGUACUGAUUCCAGACUACAGAGGCCUGUUACUAGUUAGGCUUCUGAGCUUGCAAUCAUAUUGAAUGUAUGAAGAGCGAAAUAAAAUCAAAACCUUAUUUUUGUACAGUUUUGAAGUUUAUACUUAGAACUGACCACCUCCCCAGCCACGUGGAGAGCUGUACAGUGUGUAAAUCUGCCUUUACCUUGGAUUGAUUGGUACAGUAUUUUUGCAUUUGUGGGACCUACUUUUUUGUUCGGUAGUUUGAACUAUAUAUAAACUGUACAAUCUGUAAAGUUUUUAUAGAAUAAAUAUUCAGCUGUGAAAACUGGUUAAAUAAACUAAUAUUUCUUAACACA